AUGAGAUUGUUGUCUGCUUCGGUAACUUUAUCUCACCGGGCAGGCAUAAUUAUCAGGGAUAUUUUAAAGACAGGAGAUCUAGGAAUUCACGACAAGGGUGUUGAUGAUUUGCAGACAGAAGCUGAUCGCUCAGUUCAACGUUGCAUUAUUGGUUCUCUGCAGCAUUACUUCCCAAAGAUCAGCAUUAUUGGAGAAGAGGAGCUGACAUAUGCUUCUGACAUUGAAAAGAUCCAGGAGAAGGAAUUCUCUAAGGAUGUCCUCGCUUUAACUUGUCCUGAUAACUUGAAAAAUGUCAAAGAAAACGAGGUAAUUGUUUGGGUUGAUCCACUUGAUGGGACAAAAGAGUUCACCCAAGGUUUACUAGACCAUGUGACAGUGCUGAUCGGCAUUUCUGUGAAUGGCAAUGCACACAGCCACCAAGAACUUUGGGCAGAUGCAUCUGGGGAAUGGUUGGCAUGGGUGCUUAUGGUUUGCAGAAGAAAUCUCCCCCAGAAGGCCAAAACAUCAUUACCACAACACGAUCACAUUCUGACCCCAAAGUGA